UGCCCGAGAAACCAUCGCCGCGUCUGGGUGAAAACUUUCGACAAGGCCUGUGCUUGCUUGUAACCAACUUCUCCUCUUAUUUCCUGAAGUCACGGACAAUGAAGAUGGUGAUGCUAUGCAUGCUAGCUUUGGCCCUGGUGGGGAGCGCCGCUGGGGACCUGCCGCCCCGUGACAGAUCGUACAAAAUCCUUGUUCUUAGUCCUGUGACGUGUCCAAGUCACAGAAAUAUGUUCAAAUCCCCAGUCGAAAUCCUGGCUGAACGAGGACACAAGAUAGUGAUGCUUAUCCCCUUGCCAUCAAUCUCCAAACAUCCAAACGUGAAAGAGAUAAACAUUGAGAUGCCCGAACCAAAUAUGAAUUUAUUUGUAGAAGGCAAAUCUCUUGGAGGUUUACCUGUUCUGGGGAAAGACCUACCUGCAAUGGCGCAGAAUUUUUACCAGAUACCAUCGGUGAAGCAGUUAUAUGAAAAAAGGAAAGACUUUGAUCUCAUACUAGUGGAUCACAUGUUCAAUGAGGCCGUUUACCCAUUCCUGCACGAGGUCCCUUUCAUCACAGUCGCUGCACCCGGGAUGGACCACCGCCAGAGUGCCGUCUUGGGCAACGUCCUCAACCCUUCCUACGCCCCUCACUUGAUUGGCAGCUUCCCCUUUCCCUUGUCUCUGUGGUAUGCUGGAAAAAUUGAGCUUAAUAAGCCUAAAGCGGCCGGAUCCACCUACUUCACAUAUAAGCCGCACAGAGCCACAACGCAGUCAGUUCGCCUGAAGAUGACUUCAGAGAUAGCUCGAAACGUUGCACAGUUCAUUUUUGGAGAGCUCCUCGGAAUAAUAACUCUCCCAAUCUCAGGCCAGUUCCCUGACCUGCCGCCGCUGCUGGACAUCGAGAGGAACCAGAGUCUGACACUGAUGAACACUCACUUCAGCAUUACCACGCCGGUGCCACUCCUGCCCUCACAGGUGGAGGUGGGCGCCAUACACUGCCGCCCUGGCAAGCCUCUUCCGCAGGAUCUGGAGUUGUGGCUCUCAGAGGCUGGCUCUAUGGGCGUCAUUUACUUCAGUCUGGGAUCAAUCCUGCGUGGUGAACUUAUGCCACCGGAAUACCUCCAAGUCUUCCUGGAAGCUUUCCGCAGACUGCCGCAGCGGGUUCUGUGGAAGUACGAGGGGGAGCUGGAGGGCGCGUCCGACAACGUCAAGGUCAGCAGCUGGCUCCCACAGCAGGACAUCCUCGCUCACCAGAGCGUGAAAGUGUUCAUCUCCCAUGGCGGCCUCUUCAGCCUUCAGGAAUCCAUCUUUCAUGAAAAGCCUCUCCUCGUCCUGCCUGUCUUCGGUGACCAGCCCAGGAACGGCAUGGUCGUAGAAAACUUGGAUAUUGGUCGUGUGUUGGUGUGGGAAGAACUUACUGCUGACAGGAUCGUCGACACCCUCACUGACAUCAUCAGCAACCAGAAGUACAAAGAAAACGUGGCCAGGAUGUCGGCGUAUUUAAGGGAUCAACCGAUGACGCCACAGGAACUUGCGGUGUUCUGGACGGAGUACGUGAUCCGCCACCGAGGGGCGCCUCAGCUGAGAUGCCCGGCCGCUCAGCUCUCCUGGGUGGAGUUCCUGAUGCUGGACGUGGUGGGUCUCCUGCUGCUGGCCCUGCUGCUGCCGCUGCUUCUCAUCCGCCGACUCUUGAAGGCAAUCUUCGCGGCCGUCCUCGGUGGCAACUCGAAAAGGAAGUGGGACUAAGGAUUAUGAAAAAUGGAUAUCGAGGAAUAAGAGAUAUGCUUGAUAGAGUUGUGGUAUUUGUGGUAACUUUAAAUAAUAACGGCAGGCUAGGCAUUGUCAUUUGGAUGUUUUGAGCUUCAGAUUUCUCCCAUUAGCUUCCUUAAUAAUGUAUAUACAAUGUUUCUGCUUGUUCUGCGUAUGGAUAUAAGGAAAAUUUCCCUAGUAGUAAAAUCGGUUCUUGAAAUAAAAAAAAUAAAAAAAAUAAAAAAACAUAACUACA